AUGAGUGGCCUUGCCUCAGGGACUCUGUCCCCCGGGGGGUCUGCCCCAAAGCAGCUGCCUUUCUCUGGACGAUUUCAUUGGCAAGGCGCAAAGAAGGACGGAGGCAGGGAGGGCUCCGGGAAGGGGCUGACAGGGGCUCCUCUGCCUCCCUGCAGCUGCAGCUGCACCAUGUGGAGGGCGCUGGCGCUGGAGCCCACCCUGACCGCCCAGGUCCUGGAGCUGCUGCUGGACAAAGUCAACCGGGACGUCCCGUACAAAGAGAACAAGUCCUUCCUGCGAGGGAGCCGCUCGGAGCGCGUGGCCACCUUCUACCCCCUCUCGGCCACGUGUGCGCUGCAUGAGAUCAUGUCUGUCCGGGAGUCUGGACCGGCCGUGGGGGGGCUCUACGCGGAGCUCUUCGUCUCCCUCCUGCUCCGGGUCAGCUGCACGGUGGGGGUCCGGCUGCCGAAGCACCUGCAGUCCAAGGAGCGGAAGGGCAUCGGCCGGGGGCAGGGCCUGCGCUCACUCGACCCUUGCAGCUCUGCGAUCGAGACCCUCAAGGCCAUGCUGAGCCAGGGCGGCAGCGAGUCAGUGAGCGGCGCUGUGACGGAGGCCGGUGGCUGGGAACUGCUGCGGAGUCCGGACACGCACUAUGACGGCGUGGCCUUUCUGGCGAGGGCCAUGGCGGAGCAGGCGGGGCCCAAACUCCCUCCGAUUGUGAAGCUGCUUUUACCGAUGCUGAACAGCAUCUACGACAACCAACGGCUCACCACCACCGCCUUCUUUGCCGAGCUCCUCAGUAACAACGUGGUGAACGAUCUGGUUCUUCUGGAGACUCUGAUGGACAGCAUGACGGCCCGGCAAAGGGACUCCUUGGCGGUGGUGCGAAUGCUGGCCCUUCGUGGGUUGGGCAAUGUUGCUUUGGGCUCCCCGGAGAAGGCGAGGAAGAACGGGGCCCAGCUGCUGGCUACCAUGAUCAACAGCUUGGACGACAAGGACGAUCCCAACAACCUGGUUGCCCUGGAAGCCAUGUCCAGCCUCUCCAAGAUCCUGGCCUUCACUGAAGAGAGCGACGUCCACUCCGUGCUGCUGCACGUCACCAUGCGAAUCCGGCCGUUCUUUGACAGCGAGGAGCCCAACCUCCGCAAGACCUCCAUCUUCCUCUUUGGGAACCUGGCCAGGUUCACCUCAGGGAGCGGUGAAGACGCCUGUUUUGAGCAGAUCCUCUACGGCCUGGUGACCCUGCUGCUACAUCUCCAAGACCCAAAGCCGGAGGUCAUCAAGGCCUGCAAGUUUGCGUUGCGCAUGUGUGGACCCAUCAUGAGCUGCCCUGGGCUUUGCGAGAUGUUUCAGAAGCACCUGCACGAGGAGUGGAGCCUCCACUACGGCGAGUUCAUGAAUGACGCCUGCAAACACCUGAUGCAGAGCAUCCCGGAAAUGCUGAGUCGUUUGGUCAACAUCAACCUCUUCUACUUCAAGAGCAACUGGGCCGACAUCCGAGCUGCUGCCCCCAUGUUUGUAGGCUUCCUCAUCCUGCAUGUGGACCGAGAGCAGAGCCAGCAGCUGGAUCUGGACGAAUUGAUUGCUGGUGAGUGA